AUGGCAAAUCUGAAAGACGAUGAAUGCAGAACAAAAUUCCGCCAGCGUGUGUCUAUUCAUAUUGGAGUACGGACCAGGAAGAAGCUUAGCGAUGCGGAUUCCUUCACAAAAUGCAUCCAGGACGCUGCAAGGGAAACGCUCCCGGCUCUAUUGUCGCGGAAGCAGUUUCCCUAUGCAUCUGCGGAAACAAAAUCCACGUACAAUUCUGUACGUGUCGCGCGCAGCGCUGGUGACUUCAACCAGGAAAAGCGUCUUAGAAGGAAGCUGCGUCGUCAACUGCAACAAGACCGCGAUAACGAGUGGACGUCAAGAGCGAUAGAGUUUGAGAAGGCGUGGGAGGACAGGAACCCGCGGAAAGCCUAUGCUCAACUAAAACAGUAUAGCGGCAAAAUGAAAGGUUGUUCCCCUGCCCUUAACACUGCCGAUGGAGUGGCUGUCGGUGAGGCAACCCUUCCAAUUUGGAGGGAUCACUUCAAGAACUUGCUGAACCGGCAAGCACCGUCAGCUUCUGAACUCGAACACGUUCAUAAGCCGACAUAUGCGGGUAAAGAGGAACCACCGACCGAGUCGGAGGUUCUGUUCUGUAUCCGAAUGGUGUAA